AUGGGUGACUGGAGCUUUCUGGGGCGACUUCUGGAGAACGCUCAGGAACACUCCACUGUGAUAGGAAAGGUGUGGCUGACCGUCCUCUUCAUCUUCCGCAUCUUGGUGCUGGGAGCAGCAGCUGAAGAAGUUUGGGGUGACGAGCAGUCCGACUUCACAUGCAACACGCAGCAGCCCGGCUGCGAGAACGUUUGCUACGACGAGGCCUUUCCCAUCUCCCACAUGCGCUUCUGGGUGCUGCAGAUCAUCUUUGUGUCCACGCCGACCCUAAUCUACCUGGGACAUGUGCUGCACAUUGUCCGCAUGGAGGAGAAGAGGAGGGAACGGGAAGAUGAGAACAGGAAGUUGGGCCGGCACCUGGAGGACCACGACCCCCUCUACCGCCAUGGAGACGGCGGGGGCGGUUGGAAGAAGGAGAAGCCACCAAUCCGCGAUGAGCACGGCAAAAUCCGGAUCCGCGGGGCAUUGCUGCGGACCUACAUCUUCAACAUCAUUUUCAAGACCCUGUUUGAGGUGGGCUUCAUCCUGGGACAGUACUUCCUCUACGGCUUCCAGUUGAUGCCGCUCUAUAAAUGCCGCCGGUGGCCCUGUCCCAACACAGUGGACUGCUUUAUAUCCAGGCCAACUGAAAAAACUAUAUUUAUCAUCUUCAUGCUGGCGGUGGCUUGCGUUUCUCUGCUCCUCAACCUGCUGGAGAUCUACCACCUGGGCUGGAAGAAAGUCAAGCAGAGCGUCACCAAUGAGUUUGUCGCUGACAAUGAGUCGCUGCUGCUGGGUGCAGUACGAGCCGGAGACGCCAAGACUCUUCCUGAGGAGGUCAGUCCACCGGCACUCGACUGUUUGCCGACAUACGCCAGUGUGAGUGUAGUUGGGGGCAGUGCAGCCGAGGGGGGUGCUGACAGUCCCGCCGAGGUGAUUUCCUUAAGUCCUGACAUGGCAACUGGUUCUGUCAAGAUGGACCGCACAUUGUUCCACCCAGAUGAUCUCUUGUUACAAUCGCUACCUGCUUCCUUUUAUGGCGGAGUCCACAGACAGCUGACAGAAGAGAAGCAGAACUGGAGCAACAUGGCGUUGGAGCUGCAGGAUGUGGAUGGAAAAAAUUCCUCCGGCUCGUACCCUCCUCCAUCAUCUAGAAUCUCCUCCUCCUCUUCCCAUCCGGAUGAGACGAUUGUACCCCCUCCGCCAGAGUCGCAACACUCCAGUUUUCCUACACUCCCUUGCCAUGCUCGCCUCUACCUCCUCUCACUGGAGGAGGCUUUGGCAAGUGAGGAGAAAGCGAUGCCGAGUGACGACUUCACUGUGGUUACCAAAGCAGAGAUGCAUCAGCCCCCCGGCAUGCAGAAGCCAAGACGGGUGAGCGAGAGCAGCGGUGCCCGGGCUCGCCCCGACGAUUUGGCUGUGUAA